CUACACUAAUGCCUCCUUCGGGUAUAGUAUCACUAUGGCUGCUUUAAGUAAUCAGACAAUUCUGACAUCACGUAUUGAUCCUCGUCAUAUACCAACAUAGCUUUGAUUUCAGAUAGCUUGUCCUCAUGAUGGCUUCAAACAUCAAAAUGGAGAACAGCCUAGCUUUCGCCCGCAUCCCGCCUUGGGUAAAGGCUAAACUACGCCCGAUUGCUGUCGAGAAGAUCCAACAGGUUCAUGACUGGGUGGAAACAGAGUGCAUUCCCGCAGAGCGUAUCUACAAAAUACAGUUACAAGCCGACCGGUGGAAGACGCCCGCUAUUAUUCACGAGCUACGCAAGAAGGCGAAAGCACAAGGUCUCUUCAAUCUAUUUCUCCCUAACUACUUCGAGGAAAGCCCCGGGUUGACGAACUUGGAGUAUUCUUGCUGUGCUGAGAUUAUGGGAAGGGUAUACUGGGCAGCACAGACGAUGAACUGCCACGCCCCAGAGACCGGCAACAUUGAGCUCCUCGCGAAGUACUGCACCCCCGAGCAGAAGAGGCGCUGGCUCCACCCUCUCAUGAACGGCGAUAUGUCAUCCGCAUACAGCAUGACUGAACCCGACGUUGCCUCCUCAGAUGCAACUAACAUCGGCAUCAAGAUGGAGAUCACGGACAAGGAGGUGAUCAUUAACGGUCGCAAGCUCUACGGAAAUUGCCAGUAUAAUGACGAGAUGCAACUCUUCAUUUUGAUGGGGUGUUCGGAUCCGAAGAAUCGCAGCCCGUGGAACAGGCAUACUACCCUGGUUGUUCCUGCAAAGACAACGGGUCUGAAGCAGGUCCGAAAUCUCACCAUCAUGGGAUACGACUGGGCCCCUGAAGGGCAUGGGGAGUAUAUCUACGAAAACGUACGGGUGCCCCUUGAGAAUAUCAUCCUCGGGCCCGGGCGAGCGUUUGAGAUUGCACAAGGCCGCUUAGGGCCUGGAAGGAUUCACCACUGCAUGCGGUUGAUAGGGCAGGCGGAGCGCGCCUUUGAGCUCGCUCUUGUGCGGUGCAUCGAGCCUCUCAAGAAGCCUCGAGGGAAGCUUAUUGGCGAGUUCGAUAGCAACAUUGAGCGCAUCGCAGAUAUGAGGAUGACGAUUGAUGGCAUGCGGUUGAUUGUUCUCAAUGCAGCCGACACUAUGGAUCUUCAAGGGAAUAAGGCUGGCCGCUACGCCAUCGCUCAGAGCAAAAUCAUGGUCCCUAAUGCCUUGCUCAAAGUCAUCGAUGAAGCAAUGCAAAUGUAUGGAGGGCAGGGUCUUACUCAACACACACCUCUACCAGAGUUCUGGACAUACGCAAGGUUCGUCAGGGUAGCUGAUGGACCUGAUUCCGCGCAUCGGCAUCAAGUCGGACGAGAUCAGAUGAAGACAGCUACAGGGUUCAGAAAACGGGCAGAAGAAUACACAAAGCGGUACCAGGAGUUGUGUAAGAAAUGGGGUCUGGAACCUGAGGAGUUCUGGGGUAUCGUCUGAACUUUUC